AUGGCCUCCGAAGCUCGCCUCUUCACCUUUUCGCCCGAGACCAAGGAAAAGCUGCGCAAGUUCCGCCUCGGCACUUCGCGCGCGAGGGACCCUCAGGCUGUCAUCUACCAGAUCGACAAGAAGACGCUCGAGAUCCACCAGUCCGAUGAUGAGGUCUACAAGAAUCUGCAAGAUAUUGCCGAUGAGCUGCCCGACAACACGCCCCGCUUCGUGCUGCUCAGCUAUCCCAUGACCCUCGCGUCUGGUCGUCUAUCCGUGCCUUACGUUAUGAUCUAUCACCUGCCCACAACCUGCAACGCCGAGUUGAAGAUGCUCUAUGCCAGCGCCAAGGAGCUGAUGCGCAACACUGCGGAGGUGAACCGUAUCAUUGAGAUUUCGGAUGCCGAAGAGCUCGAAAGUAUCGAGGGGCAGCUCCAGAGCGACGCGUGA